AUGUCACCUGAAGCAUACAAGGCCCACCACCAAAGGGCGACGACCCUCCCGGACGCCGACACAUUCAAGGAAGUCACAGUGCUCUACCCACCUCGACCUGCAACUAUCGAAAACGGACCCAGAGACGACUGCACACUGGAAGUCAAUGACCGGGACUGUACGCUCGAAUUCAGUGACCGAGACUGCAACCUCGAGCUGAACCAAUAUGUCGAUGACAACCACACAGACAAGCAGGUUGAGGCCGGCACGGCCAACCCAGCGGAUGAGAGUGGACGGCAGUCUACAGUAGAUGGCAAACUGGAUCCUGAGUCAGAAUCAGUGACUGGAACAGUCAUGCGUCGGAGAUCGCAUCGACGAGAGUGGAUCAUUGCGAGCUCAGUUCUUGGGGUUGUCGUUAUUCUUGUUGUUAUUAUUGUUCCUUCGGCUAUUUUUGGGACUCGUAACUCGAAGUCUCAGAACAGUGUGCCUGAGCAAUUGAACAUCUAA